UUGUGUUGAGCCAAAAUAUUAUAUUUGGACACUCCGUGAGGCAACUAAGUGUUAAUCAUUACUGACACAUUAAAAAAAGAACUUUUAAGUCUCAGCUUGUGUGCCUUUCCAGGGUAUGGGGAUGCCACCAGUGAAGCAUCUUCAUCUGAAACAUGUCCUGCAGACUGUGUGUGCACUGGAAGCAGUUGUCCUCCGCUGUUUUGGCCCUGAAGGAGGACAGGUGCUGUUCACCCGAGACACGGGUCAGGUGAUGUUGAGUCGCAGUGGGACGCGCAUUCUCACAGCACUACAACUGGAGCAGCCACUGGCCAGGAUGGUGGUGGAGUGUGUCUGGAAGCACAGCACAAACACAGGGGAUGGAUCCAAGACCUUUAUUAUACUGCUGGCAUCAUUACUACGGAUGAUUCAUUCAAUGGCCUGCAAGGAACCUAAUGUGUCUCACACCUAUAACUCUAGGGAAGCAGCAGAGGCUGCCACUGCCAGGCACUUGGCUGGCAAACUGCUUGCAUUUGCAUCAGAGGAGCUGGAUGAUCUAAUCGCUGUCAGAGUGGUCCCUCAUGGAUGCCGUCUUUCAUGGGAAGAUUUCACUGCAAAAACACAAUCACCAGCUCACACAAACACUUCCAAUGUUAAAAAGCUGGUGGAAUCAUUCAUUCAUACUCGUCUGGGUCGCAUCCACUGUGACUUGAUUGCAAAUCUUAUCUGUGAACUGCUCACUGAUUGGAAGUUUAAAAAUGAUCUACCUUCCUUAUCACUUCAGUUUGUAAAUGACAACUUCCCUGCAUUACACACACCUGUAUCAGGCUUUCCUAUUAGUUGUUCACGUUUGAUUGAGGGACAAGUCCUCCAUAGGGAUUUUGCUACACCCUCCCAUCAGACUGACCACCAUCCAGUUAAAGCUGUUGUUUUUACUGGGUACCUGCAGCCACAAUUGCUUAAUGCAGGAGAUGUGCUUGAACUGAUGAAGCAUAACACGAGGAAGGAGAGAAGUAUUGUGCAGUUUAGCGCCUGGGCAGAAAGGUCACUGGAGUGUGUUUUUGCAAACCUGCAGAAUUUGGGUGUCUCUGUGCUCCUGUCUGCAGUGAAACAGUCAGAUGCUGUCCUGACUUUAGCCAAACAGGCAGAGAUCUCUGUUGUGGAUUGCAUCAGUGAGGAUGAACUGUCUCUCUUUGUCCACCUUAGUGGGACCACACCUGUUUCAGACUGCUGGAUGAUUCGGCCAGAGCAUGUUGCUACUCUGACCUUUUGCCGACCAAUACUGCUUGGAGCCCAUAGAUAUGUCCAUGUGGCUUUCCAGGAUUCAGAGGAAGGUGCUGUAGUUAGACCCUGUAGUAUUGUCAUUUGUGGCCCAGGGGAAGGGCAAACAGACCAGUAUGCAUGUGCAUUUCAAGAUGCCAUCCGCAUGCUACUUAGAACUUGGGAGCCCAUACAUAUGACUGCAACUACAGCAUCAGCAAGAACAUUUUUGUCACACAAAAUCACAUCUGACGUUAUGGACAAUCAGAAUGACAAAAUUACAUCCGCAUCCUCCAGUGCAUCUCCCUUUCAGAAGUGUAUGUUGGAACCAGGCUGUGUCAUACAUGGCGGUGGGACAUUUGAGUUUCUUUUACACCACGCCCUCCUUCAACAUGGUCACAACUGCUCAGUUUCUGAUCACACCGAUGAAAGUGUCCCUGCUGUAUCCAAGCUCUUGGCAAAUGCUCUAUUGAGUGUUCCCCAACAGAUUUACUCCCACAGUCCAAGACGUUUCCUCCAGACCCAAACCAGGGUCCUGACAUCUAUUCAAAAUCAUUUUCACCCUUUUAUUUUGGACGUGGGCCUUGAAUCUGUCUCCUGUAAAUAUCAGCUGGUUCUGGCUGUGCUGCAGUGUGUCACAAGUCUUCUCAGAGUGGACACAAUACUACAUACAAACACACGUUCACACACAAGGUCAAGUAGACUCACCAAAAACAUUUCCUGGGAGGACACGGAGGACGAAACGGAGGAUUGAGAUUGUUUUGGCCCAGAUGAAAGCUAUAUACACAUUUUCUCUUAAGGGUUACUCAGGCGUCACUCAAACAUUUAAGAAAAUACUUUAAAGCACUUAAAGGAGGAUUGCUACAGCAGUUUUUGU